AUUUUCUUUUUUUGUUUUGAGCUUUUUUAUCUUUUCUUUUCUUACCUUCUCUUCUUGCUUGUUUCCACAUCAGUUUCUUCGAUUUGUUGAUCUAACUUUUACUCUCUCGAUCUUUCCCUUCAAUGGCCACUAAAGAUCCUAGAGAGAGAAGCAUGGAGAGAGAAAGUAAAAAAGCAGAAGCAAAGUGAGUGACUUGAUAGUGAAUUGUAUCAGUUCUUGAGGAAUUGAUUGCUAAAGCUUCUAACUUUGGAAUCACUUUUUCGGCUGUUGGGUUUUGAGUGUUGUAUCGAGUUUGAGGUUGGUGGGUCGGGUUUGAUUCGUUCGGAUUUGAUAUGGGUGGGUGUUUUCCUUGUUUUGGAUCAUCAAACAAGGAGGGUGGAAGUGGUGGUGGUAGUGCCGUCAAAGAAGUGGCCAAGAAGGAUUCGGUCAAAGAUGGUUCAGUUGCUCAGUCUCACCAUGUUGGAAGAGUUAGCUCAGAUAAAUCAAAAUUACGAAAUGGUACUGAUCCUAAGAAGGAGCCAAUAAUUCCUAAAGAUGGACCAACUGCUAAUAUUGCAGCACAAACAUUUACAUUCAGAGAGCUUGCUGCUGCAACAAAGAACUUUAGACCAGAGUGUCUGUUAGGUGAAGGGGGGUUUGGACGUGUUUAUAAAGGUCGCUUGGAGAGCACUGGACAGGUAGUUGCUGUAAAACAGCUUGAUCGGAAUGGCCUUCAAGGAAAUAGGGAAUUUCUAGUGGAGGUGCUCAUGCUUAGCCUGCUGCACCAUCCAAACCUUGUUAAUUUGAUUGGUUAUUGUGCCGAUGGGGAUCAACGCCUCUUGGUUUAUGAGUUUAUGCCACUUGGAUCAUUAGAGGAUCACUUACAUGAUCUUCCAGCGGACAAGGAGCCCCUAGACUGGAACACAAGGAUGAAGAUUGCGGCUGGUGCAGCUAAGGGGUUGGAGUACUUGCAUGACAAAGCAAACCCACCCGUCAUUUACCGAGACUUGAAAUCAUCUAACAUCCUUCUUGAUGAGGGUUACCACCCCAAGCUAUCAGAUUUUGGACUUGCUAAGUUGGGUCCUGUUGGUGACAAGACUCAUGUCUCUACACGCGUGAUGGGAACAUAUGGUUAUUGUGCUCCUGAAUAUGCUAUGACUGGUCAACUUACUUUAAAGUCCGAUGUCUAUAGCUUUGGAGUCGUAUUUCUUGAACUUAUCACCGGGCGCAAGGCCAUUGAUAAUACCCGGGCUCCUGGAGAGCAUAAUCUUGUAGCAUGGGCUCGGCCACUUUUCAAGGAUCGCAGGAAGUUCCCCAAAAUGGCUGACCCACUGCUUCAAGGGCGUUAUCCAAUGCGAGGGUUAUAUCAAGCUCUUGCAGUUGCAGCCAUGUGCUUACAGGAACAAGCAGCCACGAGGCCUUUGAUAGGUGAUGUUGUGACUGCUCUCACAUAUUUGGCUUCCCAGACCUAUGACCCUAAUGCUGCCAAUCAAAGUAACAGAAUUGGGCCAUCUACUCCUAGGAGCAGGGAUGACAGGAGGGGCAUGGCAGAUGGGCUAGAUAGCCCAGACGAACAUGGACGCGGACGGCAUGGCUCCCCUUCUACUUAUAAAAAUUCACCUGAUUAUAGAAGGCGUGAUCCUGUGAGGGAAUUAAGCUCUGGUGCAGAUUUAGGAAGGAGUGAAACUGGUGGUGGGUCUGGCAGGAAAUGGGGAUCAGAUGAUUCUGAGAGACAAGAUUCCCAGAGAGAUAGUCCAUUAAAUACGAGCAGAGCAAGGGAAACACCAAGAAAUCGAGAUUUAGAUAGAGAGCGUGCAGUUGCAGAGGCAAAAGUUUGGGGUGAAAAUUGGAGAGAGAAAAAGCGAGCAAAUGCAAUGGGUAGCUUCGAUGCUACAAAUGAGUAAAUGGUUCCCAUUCAUGUUGGUUUGGUGAUGGCAAAAUAUGUUGUAUGCUUGCUUUCUGAGGGUCAUGAAGAAGAAGAAAAAAAAAAGAUUAAAAGUUGCAGAUACACCAUCCUCGAUGUCUUGGUUUCCAUGGGAAUAAGACUCUUGUUGUAACCAACUUUCACUGCUGUUGUUUUGUCCUGUAUCAUUCUUGUAGUUGGGAUAUGAAAAUUGAAUGCUUCAAUUAUGUGGUUGAAGGAAGGAAACCCAGAGUUAAAGAAGGGUUCAGGGCAAGGGUUGGGGUUGUGUAUGGAUUCGGAGGGCAUUUUUAAAGGGAAAUCCUCACUGCAGAAUGAUGUAUCCAACAUGAUUUUAAAUCUUAUGUAUUUAGGGCUUUUUUCUUUUUUCUUUUUUCCUUUUUCCUUUCUUGAAGUUGUUGUUACAGGAAAGCAGGGAAGAUAGCUAAUUUUUGCCCCCAUAUAUGUGGGUUUGGUGUGGGUGUCUCUCAUUGGUGUUACAUCUUGUACUCAAAAUACGGUCUUGUGUAUGGAUUUCUUGAGUCAGGUCGAGUUUCGGCUUAUACAGGAAGUUUUCAUCUUUUUCUUCUA